AUGAAGAAGUUCACCUCCCUAGGCAGCGGCUCCAGCAGCCGCAAGAAAGCGGAGAAAGCCUCGCGCGCGGCUGCGGAGGCCGGCAGAGGCCAGGCCGUAGACGGCGGCUACAGUCUCGACUCGAGCGCAUUGAACGAGUUGGAGAUGCUUCGCGUGGAAAAUGCCCACCUGAAGCGGUUGAUUGAGCAGCAGAAUGAAGCGCAGGGCGACGACGGUGCCAGCGCCGCCGAAAUCGCGCGUGUGCGAAGGGAACGCGAUGAGCUUCAGAUGAAGCUUUCAAAGCUGCAGGCAGAGUAUGACACGCUGCAGCGGGACUACGCAAAUCUUCAACGAGAUCGACGGAUUGAGGUCGACGAGCGCCAUAGCGAGACACGCACGGUGGAGGCUCAGAUCGAGUUUAUGAGUCAGCAGCAUCAACAGGAGCUGCAAGAAAAAGAGAGCCGCAUCCGCGAGCUGGAAAUGAAGCUCGUCGACUUGGAGCAGGAAGUGGAGCUUGCGCAGAGUCCGGCGCACUUUAUCCAAGCGCGGUCGCUUGACUUCGAUGAGAUGAAGGAUCGCGUCGCGGAUCUAGAAAAGAGACUGCAGGUCGCCAAGGCUGACAACCAGAGACGUGCGGAAGAGGCAGACCGGCUGCGCGAAGAGCUCGAAGCCGCCAAGGCGAAGGGCGCCGACGAGGGGGUUGUUGCGGCGGCGAAGGCCGAGCGGGACUACUUCAAGGCGCAGCUCGAGGCGAGAGAUGCCAAAGCGAGGAACUAUCAAGAAAAAUCGGACGAGCUCGAGCAACAGACGCAAAUGCUUUCUGAAGAGCUGCACAGAAAACAAGAAAUCAUCAGUUCUUUGGAGUCGCAGAUUUCAGACCUGCGCAUGCGAGACUCUGGCGGGGUGCGGGAAGCGGAAGGCGGCGCGGCGGAAGGCCUUCCAGCCGACAUCAGGCAGCUGCAGCAGCUUGUGAAGGAAAAGGAACAAGCUGUCUGGCAUCUCAGCGACCGGCUGCUUGCCAUCAGCAGCGAGAAGGACGCGCUUGAGCAGAGCAAUCGCCAGCUGAAGGCGGAGCUCGAGAGCACCCAAGUCUCUGCGCCACAGCCACCGACUCCCUCGGGGAAGAAGUCAAAAAAAGUGUGUGAAGAAAGCCACCAACAGGUUCAGACUCAGCUCGCGCAGGCACAGACGCAGCUGGCCGCUUUGAGGGAGGAGAAGGACAGCCGGGAGCGGCAGUCGCAGAGUCGCAUUAGCGAGUUGGAGCGGAAGAGCGGCGACUUCGAGCGGCAAGCGAAGCGCAGCGAAGAACGCGUACAUGACCUGGAGCGCGACAGAGAUCGCCUUGAGGCUCUGCUGAAGAAAAAGGACGCCGAAAUCGAGGCCCUCGAAGUCUCAAAGGAGUACCAGGUGAAGGCCUUGGCGGUUGCGCGGACGGUGACGCUUCCUGUACACCACGAGAAAUCCGAAGGCGACACCCAAGCGGGCAGCAGCUUGACUGCAGAGGACUUGCGCAUCGAGCUCGCGCUCAAGUCUGCCGCACUCCGCGCGUUGAGCGUCAAAAACGCGCAUCUGAACGAUGUGCUGCAGCGACUGCGUCUCGCGAGCAGCACCGAAACUACCGAGAGAGAGCUCGAGGAAGCGCAACGCUCACUGCAUGCCACCAGCACGGAGCUUCGCCUCGUUGAGGGAAAUCUGAAGAAACUUCAAGAGGAGAAGACCAAGCUUCAGGCGCGGUUGGCUCGCGUGGAGACCGAGCUGGAGGUCUGGCGCAAGGACGCGCAGACUGCGCGGGCGGCGCUGGCGGAAGCCCAGACGCGAAACGCGCGAACGGCAGAUCAGUACAAGGUGCAGAGUGACAGAUACUCCUCGAUGCUCGCGCGGGCGAUGGCGGACACCGAGCGCCUUCAACAGGAACUCACAAAGGAGCGAAGCGCACGCCGAGAGGCCGGGAAGGCGUUCCGCAAGGAGCUGCGAGCUCUUCGGGCGUCGAAGGCUCGCCGUCUCGACUUUGAAGACGUGGAUCCUCUUCAUCCACUGCCGUUGCCCUCGGGCGGCGCACCUGCGCAGGAGGCUGACGCCCUCCUUCACUCCGAGCCAAAGGCGGAAGGAGAAGUGAAGCAGGCGAGCGGAGUCGACACCGCGGGAAUUCUGGUGCCAGCUGCGAUGGUUUACUCCUCACGAAGCGAGCCUCCGCACGCGGCGGGGGGAUGUGCGGGCGGGCAUUCAGCAGACGCCUCGGGUGUCUAUACACUGCAGUCCGCGCCCUCCGGCGGGGUCUCCCCGGUGGCGGCCGCUGCAUCCGCCGCGCCGAUCUACGCCUCGUCGUCUGCGGUGCCCUCUUCCUCAGAGUCUGUGCGGGUCUACGGAGUGCCGGCGGCGGUAAGCACGGGCGUCCUCCCCAGUGAGGUGUACGUACACCGCCUGGACGGCCGCACUGAGAAGUACCUGACAGAUGACGAGGUUUACUACGUGCUGGGCGAAGACGGGGCUGUGCGAUGCGUGCCUCGCAUCAAGCGCGCGCCGGGCGACGACGACGGCGACGGCGAAAAAGACGCGUCUGCGCCGAAAGUCUCAGAGGAAGAUCAGCGCCUCGCUGCGAGGAUUCUGCGGCAGUACGUGGCAGAGGCCGAGGAGGAGCGCAGGACGCGAAGCGAGACGGGCGGCGAUGCCUCGGCGUCUCACAGAACGGACUCUGCCGCGUCUGCGGGGGGGAGAGCGACCGCGGAGCGCCAGCGCGACAGGCGCGAGAACGACGGCUGUAGGAGUCCAGUCAACGAAGCUUCGCGCGACGAUGAGAGCGACGUCUCCGUGCCGAGGCUGUCCUGGGCUAAGGAGACUCGCGAAGGGCGAGGCAACGUGCAUCGUGCGGCUGUGGUGUCGCGGAGCAGCUUGGACUCGCCGCUCCACGGGUUCCGCGGCGCUGACACGCCGAGCUACGGCUUCGGGGACAGCGCGCGCGAGGACCCGUUCGACAUGGAGCGCAGCCUCUUCACAGAUCUGCCCUCGAUUGCGCACGCCCACAACAAACUCAGCUCGCACCAGCCGCUCUCGAAGGAGCAGACCGCCUUCUCGCUCUCCCCCGAGGGGUCGCGGCUCAUCAGCACGGCCAGCGACGCCUCCGCGCCGGGCUUCUCUGAGGGCAGGGACCGGCGCCGCCCCCAGGGCCCGUCUGCAGUCCCAUGCCGCGCGCUCGACUCCCUGUUGUCCCUAGACGAGUUGUUUCCGUCGCGACGGGCUUUGCGGCUUCCAGACGCCGCCAGAGGCCCCCACGCGGACACCGGCGGGGGGAGCGGCGACGCAGGCGGAGACGCGGCAUGGCGUGCCGAAGCCGAGCGCGCAGACGAGUCCCCCAGAGGCGACGACGGGAGUUGCCCUCUAGACGGGGAGGAGGAAAGUCCGCCUGGUGCGUCUGAGCAAACAGAGAGCCGGGAGAACGAAGACAACGUCCCCAAGAACGGCGCGACGCGGGGGACAGAGGGCGGGGCGAAACUGAGGCGCGUGUCCUCUCCGCCUGAGCCCAGCAGUCACGGAAGUGUGUCGCGCUUCGUGGAGCAUCUGCACUCGGUCGAGGCGAAGGGGAAGAGUCUCUUCGGCGAGAGGCGCAUCGCCACCGCGCCGGAGGCCGCCAGAGGCGUGAUGCUGCGCCCCAAACCCGACGGCGAGGAGACGCUGGAAGCCGAAACGCACGACGAGGUGGAUCUGUCCUGA